AUGUCGGUAGAAUCUGAGCGCGAGGCGCUAAUACGGCAACACAACAGGUUGAAGGACGAAGUAGAGAGUAUCAACAAUGAGAUAAGGAAGCUCGAGCGUGCGAACGAGUACCUCAGGCAGCAAAAUGCGAAUAUGCGCCGGAUGGUCGAGCAAUCGCAAUCUAUGGCUGCUGCGGCCGCGCCUGACUCCAGCGUACACACUGCCAACGGAAGGUAUGACGACGGUGAUGUGUCGAAGACGCCAGAGGCGCGAGGCGGCCCCUUCUACCAGGUUGUAACCGACCUCGCUAGCAAUGGCGAGUCGAUGUUCGGCAGCUACUUGAAACACGUGGCUGGCAUGGCAAACGACUUCGCAAGUAAACUGCAGUUGACAGAGGACGAUUACAAAUUCCAAUCCACACGCGAAACCGUCUUGCAACACAUGUAUAGGCGCAAUGAUCCCGCCUACAUGAUGGUUCCAAGCCUGUCUUCCAGGGAGUCGGGAAUCGACACGUCCUCGGAGAUGGGCAGCCCCGUCGCUGGGGAGUCGCACCACGUCGAGCGCACGGGCUAUUACCAGGAGGUAGGUGCGGGCUACGGUGCCGACGGGCGCGCCGAUUUCCCUCCUUCGCUGGUGAAGUAA